AUGGAGCAACUUAUCCUUGGCACAGCCCUUAGGCACAUCAAGGACAGUGGAGUCAUUAGGAGCAGCCAACAUGGUUCUACCAAGGGGAAGUCAUCUUUGACCAACCUGAUAGCCUUUGAUGAGGACAUAACCAGGUGGAUUGAUGAUGGUAGAGCUGUGGAUGUGGAUAAUCUUGAUUUUGCAAAUCUGAUAAAACGCAGCAAAUCCAAAGUCAAGAUGCUAGCAGUACCACUUAAAAAAGGCCAACAUGACGAAGGGUCACAGACAGCAUUCCAAGCCAUGGAAAACUAUGACACUGGCAUAAGAAAGCAAAAUGCUUCCUCCAGUAUAAGCAAUCCUUUGUAUUUACAAGAGAAACGUUCCAAGUGUCCAGAGUACUAUGAUCUUCACUGCCUUUGCAAAGGAGCAAAGUUGAGAGUAGCAAUGCAUAAAAAGGCACGAAGUCCUCUCAGCGACUGCUACGCAAGAAAACGGGUUUCUAUUUCAACACCUCACCAAAGGCAGAGCUGGGGAUGCUGGUCCGGUACUCCCCCCGCACACACACAUACAUGCGCUGCAGAGGGAUGCCAGCACACUGCUGCUCCCCGACCCCCGGAAGCUGCAAAAGCGCCCCGGUCCCUCGGCGCCUGCCCGCCCCUUUCCCCGCAAGAAACAACUUGGGGAGUCGCAGAAAGGCAGCAUGCAGGCUGUGUGUGCCCGCCCCGCUCCUACCCGGUGGUUGUGGACCGAACAGGCACCGCUGCAAGGCCGCUCCGUUCCUCCGGUCGCCCGGUGGGGAGGAAGCAGAGAUCGGGCGAGUCAGCCGCUUCCGCGCCGGCGGCCAGAAAGGGGAGAAGCCCGGCGCUGGCUGAACUUGGCGCUUCCCGUUCCCCGAGCCCCGGAGCGGGGCGGAAGCGAGCCGGGAAGCGGAACCCGAGGCGCCCGGAGCCCACACUCACCUCGGCUCUCUAUAUUCCUGCGGGGCGGCCGGCGGAUGGAGCGCGUCCGGCCGCUGUAACGAGGCAACAGGAGUCACCAGCCCCACCGCUGCUGCGUCCGUUACCAGGCACCCGAGAAGGAGAGUCCCACAGGGUAAAUCCCUGGGGAGGCGGCAGGAACGUGGACGUCCCUCUCGUCGCGGCGGCCGCUGCCUCACACGAAGUUGAGGCGCGGCCGCCGUUGCCGUUACGCAGCCGAGCUGCCGCUGGCGGCCGCUGCCGUUACAGCCGUAGGGAACGAGCGCCUCUGUUCGCCGCCUCGCUCCGUUGCCAGGAGCGCUGCGUCGCUGCCACCGCCGCCUUGGCCCACCUUUUCCUUUGGCUACCGGGAGCAGCGCUUCGGGCACAGCGACACGGUCACACGGGGCCCCGUGAAGGAGCCGCCACUGCUGCUGCCGUCGCCUCUCUCAGUUUUCCAGAGCCAGUAGCCGUAGCCCCGUAGUGGCGCCCACUCCGCAUGCCCCGUCCUUCUCACACCAGGGCCGGUACUACUACCGGCGGCGCCCCCACCCACUCGUGCGCUCCUUACCGCCCCAUCACCGGCGCUGGGAGCGUCGGCGCGGGGUGGGGAUGGCAGAGACCGAGCACGGAAGGGGCGGUGACCUUCCCGGCGCGUGGACGCGUGCUCCGCGCUCCCGCGGCCCCUGGGCGGAGCUCGGCAGCCCCCCCCGCGCUGCCCCGGAUGUGCGGGCGGCCGGGGAGCUAAAGCCGGGAGGUGCGGGCUGGGCUGUGCCCGUCGCUGCCCGCCGCGGUACAGCGAAGCUACCGGGCGCCAGUGGCCUCGGUUUCCGCUUAUCGCCGUUUUGAGGAGGGAGUGGCUUGUCGAUUGUAGUCAGAGGAGCCCUCCAGCCUGCCAGCUGCGGGCAGGAUGUAGCGUGCGGCGCUUCUCGUUCGCCCUGUGGGCCUCUGGCCGCCUAUCUGUCGCUGGAAGCAGGAAAUGGGGCCUCGUGUGGUCUGCAGCAACCGAGCAGCCUGGACAACCACAAAGAACCCUGACCUCCAUUUCUUCUGGUGACAUGCAAUGAAUAAAGAUGGGUGAAACGUGCUCAAACCAAGCAAAGAAGAGCAGGUAAUCUCUGUACACCGCAUCUAUAUCACUGAUUUGCUCCAAGAAAGCUGCAGCUGUUGCUGGGUGAAUUCUUCCUGAUAACAAUAAACCCGUUGGUGCAAAUGACAAGCAAGCAAGCAA